AUUUUCCUUAACCAAGUACUGUACUUUCCUCUAAUCUUUUUUGGAGAAACACUCUUAAUUACUUCUUGCAAAUUCAGUUAUGGGUUGGAAGCAUAUUUUCUGUGUGUUCUUCUGCGUUUUUUUAUGUUCCAAUUCGUUUGCAAUACUGUCUGCUGCAGCCAACUUAGAGACUUAUAUUGUUCAUCUCGAACUACCCGAAUCUUCUAAUACUCAACUUUCCACCUCCAGUAAUGGUUUGAACCCAAAUGGAGAUUUAGAAAGUUGGUAUCAGUCCUUUCUUCCUUCAACCAUCAGUACUAGUUCCAAUGUGGAAGAAGCAUCCCGCAUUGUGUACCCUUAUCACAAUGUUUUUAAGGGUUUUUCGGCCCGAUUAUCUCCUGAGGAUAUAAAAGCCAUGGCGAAAAAGCCCGGUUUUGUAUCAGCUAAGCCUCAAAAAAUGUUUUCUUUGCAUACAACUCAUACUCCAAGUUUCUUGGGUUUACAUCAAAACAUGGGACUGUGGAACCAAUCCAAGUAUGGCGAAGGUGUCAUCAUUGGUGUGUUGGACACCGGAAUUGCACCGGAUCACCCUUCAUUUGGCGAUGAAGGUAUGCCUCCGCCUCCUGCUAAAUGGAAGGGCAAAUGCGAAUUCAAUACCUCGGUCUGCAAUAACAAGUUAAUCGGAGCUAGAUUCUUCUCCAUAGGAAAUGGAUCGCCUUCUGAUGAGAAUGGCCAUGGAACGCAUACUGCUAGCACGGCUGCCGGAAACUUUGUCGCCGGUGCAAAUGUGUUCGGAAAUGCUAAUGGCACUGCCGUUGGAGUUGCUCCUCGGGCUCACUUGGCGAUUUACAAAGUAUGCUCAACAGGUUGUUCAGAGAGCGACAUUUUGGCUGCUAUGGAUGUUGCGAUUGAUGAUGGUGUUGAUAUUCUUUCGCUCUCCCUCGGUGGUAAUUCUGAACCAUUUUAUGGCGACAACAUUGCGUUAGGUGCCUAUAGUGCAAUGGAGAAAGGGAUUUUUGUGAGCUGUUCAGCCGGGAACGACGGACCAUUUUCCGGCUCUUUAUCAAAUGAGGCCCCCUGGAUUCUAACUGUUGGAGCUAGCACCACUGAUAGGAAAAUCAGGUCCACGGCUGUACUUGGAAACAAGCAGGAAUUCGAUGGGGAAUCGCUUUACCAAUCCAAGAAUGAUUCAUCACAACUUUAUCCUUUAAUUUACUUAGGAAUGAAUCAAAGUGAUUUCAACUCUGGAUACUGUGGCUCAAUUGCUGUCGCAAAGUUCGCUGUUCGAGGAAAGAUUGUGGUUUGUGAUUCUGGCGGUGGUUACACAGCAACUGAAAAAGGUCAAAAUGUCAAGGCUGCCGGUGGUGUAGGCUUGAUCAUCAUUAAUUCACAGAGACUCAAUAACACAAUACUGAUUGAUCCUAAUGUGCUUCCUGCCAUACAUUUGAAUUAUCUUGAUGGAUUGAAGGUUGUGGACUACAUCAACUCAACAAAAUCACCAGUAGGCAGGAUCAAAUUCCAGGGAACAACAAUUGGAGACAAUCAUGCUCCUGAAGUUGCAUAUUUUUCCUCCAGGGGUCCAAGUAGGGCAAGCCCUGGAAUUCUGAAGCCAGAUAUCAUUGGCCCGGGUGUCAACAUCCUUGCAGCAUGGCCUGAGUCCGUUGAAAACAACACCAACACAAAAUCAACAUUCAAUAUCAUCUCGGGAACAUCCAUGUCUUGUCCUCACCUCAGCGGUGUUGCUGCAUUGUUAAAAAGUGUUCAUCCUGAUUGGUCCCCUGCUGCGAUUAAAUCAGCAAUGAUGACUACUACAGAUCUCUUGAACCUCGGCAACAGUCCCAUUGAGGACCAAAGGCAACUUCCGGCUAACAUUUUCGCCACUGGUUCGGGCCAUGUUAAUCCAUCAAGAGCAAACAACCCAGGUCUAAUCUAUGACAUCGAGCCAAAAGACUACAUUCCUUAUCUGUGUGGUCUAAAUUACACAAACAGGGAAGUUGGAUUUCUUUUGCAAAGAAAGGUGAACUGCAGUGUAGAAUCAAGCAUACCAGAAGCUCAACUAAAUUACCCUUCAUUCUCUAUCUCCUUCAAAGCCAAUUCAUCCGGAGUUCAGAGGUACACAAGGACGGUUACUAACGUCGGUGAGGCUAAUUCAGUUUAUAGAGUGGAAAUUUCAGCACCGGAAGGCGUUAAUGUGACAGUCACACCAAACACACUCAGUUUCACACAGCUGAAUCAGAAGUUGACAUAUGAAGUCGCAUUCAGCUCACUAUCAACUCCUAUCAAUUUGCAAGUUACUUCUCAAGGUUCCCUUACAUGGAAAUCACCAAUGUUCUCUGUUAGAAGUCCAAUUGCUGCAAUUAUCGGAGGAGGAUAACGGUCCGAACAAUCAUAGAGACACUGGGCACUUAGUAGUUUCGAAAAUUGCUUCUACUUUGAAUUUUCUUGAGUGUGUAAUUUUUUUGAAUUUUUUCAUUUCUUUUUGUUCUUUCUCUUAGCAAUAUUUGUGAAAUAUUGCAGUUCAUCACAUGUGGCAUUUAGUUUCUCUAAACAAAUGUGUAGUUGUCUAACUUGAAGCAAAACUCCUGUUCAUUCAAAAUAACCUUCUUUUUUUUGAGACACUGGAAUUCUUAGCUGUGGAGUUUGCGCAUUAGUUACUCUUUUGCACAACCCAUUUGACUUAGUUGUUGAGUCUGAUAUCGAAC